UCCGAACGGGACUCUCCGGCCUACCGGCCCGUCCGGGUCGGGCCCGCACCGACCCCCGUCCCCGCGCGCGCCCGGGAACGGCGCGGGGAGCUGGACCUCAGCCGCCGCGACCCCUGGCGCCUGGCGGUGCGCGGGAGGUCUGCCUGGACCCUGCCGAGGUGAGGGCGGUGGGCCUAUCUCUGGUGGUGGCUGUGUGGCGGUGGCUGCAGCAGGAGCCAGCACUGAGGGCAAGGGGAAGCCAGGAGCCCCAGCCCCACCGCAGGCCCCGGCAUGGCACCGUUCCUGCGCAUCGCCUUCACCUCCUAUGAGCUGGGCUCCCUGCAGCCCGCCGAUGACGCCAGCCAGCCCUUCUGUGCCGUGAAGAUGAAGGAGGCGCUCAGCACAGAGCGCGGGAAGACGCUGGUGCAGAAGAAGCCCACCAUGUACCCCGAGUGGAAGUCCACAUUUGAUGCCCACAUCUACGAGGGCCGAGUCAUCCAGAUCGUGCUGAUGCGGGCAGCCGAAGAGCCCAUGUCCGAGGUGACGGUGGGCGUGUCGGUGCUGGCUGAGCGCUGCAAGAAGAACAACGGCAAGGCCGAGUUCUGGCUGGACCUACAACCCCAGGCCAAGGUGUUGAUGUCUGUGCAGUAUUUCCUGGAAGAUGUAGAUUGCAAACAGUCCAUGCGUGGUGAAGACGAGGCCAAGUUCCCAACUAUGAACCGCCGUGGAGCCAUCAAACAGGCCAAAAUCCACUACAUCAAGAACCACGAGUUCAUUGCCACCUUCUUCGGGCAGCCCACUUUCUGUUCUGUGUGCAAAGACUUCGUUUGGGGUCUCAACAAGCAAGGCUACAAAUGCAGACAAUGCAACGCUGCCAUCCACAAGAAAUGCAUCGACAAGAUCAUCGGCCGGUGCACGGGCACCGCAGCCAACAGCCGGGACACCAUAUUCCAGAAAGAACGUUUCAACAUCGACAUGCCGCACCGAUUCAAGGUUUACAACUACAUGAGCCCCACCUUCUGUGACCACUGUGGCAGCCUGCUCUGGGGGCUGGUGAAGCAGGGAUUAAAAUGUGAAGACUGCGGCAUGAAUGUCCACCAUAAGUGCCAGAAGAAAGUGGCCAACCUCUGCGGCAUUAAUCAGAAGCUCUUGGCGGAGGCGCUGAACCAAGUGACCCAGAGACCCUCCCGGAAGUCAGAAACAGAGACUGUUGGAAUCUACCAGAAUUUUGAGAGGAAGUCAGGAGUCCCUGGAGACAUUGUCCCAGACAGUGGGACCUACGGCAAGAUCUGGGAGGGCAGCAGCAGGUGCAACAUUGAGAACUUCACCUUCCACAAGGUCCUGGGCAAAGGCAGCUUUGGGAAGGUGCUGCUGGCAGAGCUGAAGGGCAAAAAGGAGUUCUUCGCUAUCAAGGCCCUCAAGAAGGACGUGGUUCUGAUUGACGACGAUGUGGAGUGCACCAUGGUGGAGAAGCGGGUCCUGGCACUUGCCUGGGAGAAUCCCUUUCUCACCCACCUCUUCUGCACGUUCCAGACCAAGGACCACCUGUUCUUCGUGAUGGAGUUCCUCAACGGGGGGGACCUGAUGUACCACAUCCAGGACAAAGGCCGCUUCGAGCUCUACCGCGCCACGUUUUAUGCAGCUGAGAUCGUCUGUGGACUGCAGUUUCUGCACAGCAAGGGAAUCAUUUACAGGGACCUCAAGCUGGACAAUGUGAUGCUGGACCAGGACGGCCACAUCAAGAUCGCCGACUUCGGGAUGUGCAAGGAGAACAUCGUUGGGGACAAACAGGCCAGCACAUUCUGCGGCACUCCUGACUACAUCGCCCCUGAGAUCUUGCAGGGCCUCAAGUACUCGUUCUCCGUGGACUGGUGGUCCUUCGGAGUCCUUCUGUACGAGAUGCUCAUCGGUCAGUCCCCCUUCCAUGGUGACGAUGAGGACGAGCUCUUUGAGUCCAUCCGUGUGGACACCCCGCACUAUCCCCGCUGGAUCACCAAGGAGUCCAAGGACAUCCUGGAGAAGCUGCUUGAAAGGGAUACAAGCAAGAGGCUGGGAGUGAGCGGGAACAUCAAAAUCCACCCCUUCUUCAAGACCAUCAACUGGACUCUGCUGGAGAAACGGGCUGUGGAGCCACCCUUCAAGCCCAAAGUGAAGUCCCCUGGAGACUUCAGCAACUUUGACCAGGAGUUUCUGAACGAGAAGGCACGCCUCUCCUACACCGACAAGAACCUCAUCGACUCCAUGGACCAAACAGCAUUCGCUGGCUUCUCCUUCGUGAACCCCAAAUUUGAGAGAUUCCUGGAAAAGUGAGGUUUCCAGACAUGCCUCCCCCCAAACCACCCCAGCCAGGGAGCCUGGGUCAGGCAGCAUGGCCUGCCCACGCGGCCUGGGUACGGCAGGCUGGGCGGCGCCGCCCCUUCAUCGGCACCCCCCUGCCCACCCACAAUUAGCAAGAGUGUGAUUGCCUGGUUUGUGCUGCUGCCGCCCCCUGGCUCCCAAGAGGGGCCUUGGCUCCUGUCUGGCUGGGCUCUUAUGGUACUUCUGUGAACCCUGUGUGAAUUUGCUUUUCCUCUGCCGUCAGAGGGAAAUUGUAAAUCCUGUGUUUCAUUACUUGAAUGUAGUUAUCUAUCGAAAAAAUAUAUUAUAUAUAUAUAUACAUACACACACACACACACACACACAUAUUAUGUAAUAGGCUGUAUAUAAUGCUCAGUAGAGGAGAAACGUACGGGGGAUC